UCUCUUUCUCUCUCUCUCUGUCUAUCUCUUUCUCUCUGCAGACAUGCUGGCGAUAGGGGACCCUAACCAGUCGACCAUCCUGGCGGUGUCUAUCGCUGGUGGGAUUGUGCUGCUCAUCUUCCUGGUGGCCUGUUUCGUUGUGAGUGGGAGACACUGUGGGUACAUCAAAGCCAAGCAGGACCCAGACGAGGAGAAGAUGCAGUUUCAGCACGGAAGAGUGAAGCUCCCGGGGAGCCGGACCUACAUCCACCCCCACACCUACGAGGAUCCCAACCAGGCCGUGCGGGACUUCGCCAAAGAGAUCGAGGCCUCCAGCAUCCGCAUCGAGCGAGUCAUCGGCGCAGGGGAGUUCGGGGAGGUGUGCAGCGGCCGUCUCAAGCUGCCCAGUAAGAGGGAGAUCUACGUGGCCAUCAAGAGCCUGAAGGCGGGCUACUCGGAGAAGCAGAGGCGGGACUUCCUGUCCGAGGCGAGCAUCAUGGGCCAGUUCGACCACCCCAACAUCAUUCGCCUGGAGGGCGUGGUCACCAGAUGCAAGCCGGUAAUGAUCAUCACCGAGUACAUGGAGAACGGAUCCUUGGACACCUUCCUGAAGAAACACGACGGACAGUUCACCGUCAUCCAGCUGGUGGGUAUGAUGCGUGGCAUCGCCUCGGGCAUGAAGUACCUGUCCGACAUGAACUACGUGCACCGCGACCUGGCGGCGCGCAACAUCCUGGUCAACAGCAACCUGGUCUGUAAGGUUUCCGACUUCGGCCUCUCCAGGGUCCUAGAGGAUGAUCCCGAGGCAGCCUACACCACACGGGGAGGGAAGAUCCCCAUCCGGUGGACGUCGCCGGAGGCCAUCGCCUACAGGAAGUUCACCUCUGCUAGCGACGUGUGGAGCUACGGCAUCGUCAUGUGGGAAGUUGUCUCCUAUGGAGAGCGGCCAUACUGGGAGAUGUCCAACCAGGACGUGAUUAAGGCAAUUGAUGAAGGCUAUCGGCUGCCGGCGCCCAUGGACUGCCCUAUGGUCCUGCACCAGCUCAUGCUAGACUGCUGGGAGAAGUGCCGUAACGACCGGCCCAAGUUUGGCCAGAUCGUCAACACCCUGGACAAGCUCAUCCGCAACCCCAGCAGCCUGAAGGAGCUGGCCAACAGCUCUGUGUGGGAGGACCCUCCGUCUCCUGAGUUUGCCGUGAGCACGGUGGAGGAGUGGCUGGAGGCCCUGAAGAUGGGGCAGUACAGAGAGAAGUUCACCGGCGCCGGCUACGUCACCCUGGACUCAGUCCUCUACAUCAGCAUCAGUGAGCUGGAGAAGAUGGGCGUGACACUGGUGGGCCACCAGAGAAAGAUCCUGUCCAGCGUCCAGAGUCUACACACGCAAGGGGCCCACGUGCACGUAUAACCCCCUCCUCAUCCUCCUCCUCCUCCUCUUCCUCUCAUCUUCCUCUUCCUCCCUCCAUCGCCAGACAAAGAGAUUCAGAGAGAGAGAGAGAGAACAAGUGACUGAGAGAGAACCAGAAAGGAAAAAAAAAACAUAAACCACAUAAACAGCAGCAGCAGUAGAGACAGAGAGCUGAAAACUGAAAACGCUGGCUAAGCCACAUCUUCCAAACUCAGCACCCUCUACCAUCGGCUCCGUCCGUCUUGAAUGUUGGAUGUCUUUCAAGCUCCAGGCACCACGGCUUCAGCGCCCGCACCCCGGACCACACUGCUAGCCACCGCACCGCACCAUAGAAGAGCAGGAGAAACUGAUCUACAUUAGGUCAUCUCCCACACUGCUCAGACAGAAAGGCUCAAUGGCAGACAGGAUUUUUGGGUUUUGUUUUUUGUGCGAAAAGAUUCGAUUUACAGUUAAAGGUCUGGGCCUGCUUUUCCAAAAGCCUUCUUAACGCUAUGUCAUUCGUAAGUUAUACCUCAAGCUGUACCUUAACAUUUCGAGGUGUUUUCCAAAACGUCCUUAGCUAAAGUAUACCUUCUCUAAGAGAUACUUUCGUUACGUUGGUCUGGCCCACUCAUAGCUAUACCUUAACACAGUUUUCAGAUUAAAGAAACAUUUUGGAGCCAAAAAAUGUUGUGUUAGUGUGUGGCCGUGUGCACUGACUGCGCUGUAAGACCAAGAUACACGUUGCGUUACAUUUUGUGCUUCAUUAAAUAAAAAGUAAAAAAAAAAAA